UCUAGGAUUCAGCUGUCGCAGAAGUGACUUCCUGGAAAGCGUCUUGCCAGCUGCAGGCUCUGAACUUCCGCAAAUGUUCCUAAAUGCUCGUCCCAGGAACUGCCAAGCUGGACCCAGCCGCCACCUCUAUCUCAGACGGAGACUGUGAUGCCCGGGAGGGUGAGUCAGUAGCCAUGAAUUACAAACCAUCCCCGCUCCAAGUGAAGCUGGAGAAGCAGCGGGAGCUGGCCCGGAAGGGAUCCCUGAAGAAUGGCAGCAUGGGCAGCCCUGUCAACCAGCAACCCAAGAAGAACAAUGUCAUGGCCCGGACGAGGCUGGUUGUCCCUAAUAAAGGCUACUCCUCGCUUGACCAGAGCCCUGAUGAGAAGCCACUGGUAGCUCUUGACACAGACAGCGAUGAUGACUUCGACAUGUCCAGGUACUCUUCCUCUGGCUACUCCUCUGCGGAGCAGAUCAACCAAGAUUUGAACAUCCAGCUGCUGAAGGAUGGCUACCGGUUAGACGAGAUCCCCGACGACGAGGACCUAGAUCUCAUCCCCCCCAAGUCCGUGAACCCCACCUGCAUGUGCUGCCAGGCCACUUCCUCCACCGCCUGCCAUAUUCAGUAGCGGGCGGAGUCGCCGCGGCGCACGGGGCGGGGCCGAGUCGGGCCAGGUGGGAAGCGACAGGGGCCGACCCCUAAACCUAGCUGGCCCACCAGUCCCCCUUACAGCCCCGAGCUCCUUACAGCCGCCAACCUCGUAACAGUCAUUGCUUCCUCCUAUGGUAGGACGUGUACUCUGUGUGUUCAUGGAGCCGGAGAAACCAAAACCGGGUCUGUCUCCAGCCCCGGGGCUGAGGAGGGGGGAUGCUGUUUGUUCAGUUACUUGGGGGAGACCACACCCAAGCACCCUGCCACCUCUCCCCAGAGCUGCAGUCAGGGGGCAGCACUAAAGGCCAGGAGGCCAACUGUAAGCAGUCGGGUGAAGGGAUCACAAGGCCAGGGGUUUGGCCCCAUGCCAGCGAAGCCAUGAAUUUCCCAACCCCAGCCUGGAAAGGAAGGGAAGGGGUUGGAGAAGAAAAGGUCCCACGCAAUGGGGACAAUUCUCAACACCUCAGAGCGCCUCUCCCCAAACACGGUGCCAGCCCGUGUACCUAUUUGUGUUUCCCCCUCAUCUCCAGAUGGGAAGCCAGGCAAAGCUGCCCAAAGGAAUACUUGCAUUAGAUCACUGCCUUCUCCCUUCCUCCGUCACAUUUCCCUGCUUCCUGCUGUCUGAGGACUGGGAGGGUAAGGUGGGCCUUAGAGAGAGGCCAGGUUUGGGGAUGAUAUGACCUGUUCUCAAGUGCUGCUAACCAAUGCAUCUGUCUCUCUGCCCGUCUCUCUCCCCUCCCCCAGUCUUCUGGUUAUUGGUUCCAGGCUGGAAGCAGGAGAUAAGGCUGGCCUCCAGUGAGUGCCCUGUUCCCAUUUCACGUUAGCCCAAGGUCCAGGAGGCUGUCUUCCAGAAAGGCUCUUCAAGAGCAAGCUUACGAGAAUACAAUGCACCAAGUGGCUGUGUGCAUGUGGUAGUGUGUGUGUGUGUGUGUGUGUGUGUGUGUGUCUGUGUGUCUGUGUGUCUGUGUGUCUGUGUGUUGGUUGAACCUGUCUGUCCAGGUCAACCUGGCGAGUGUCUGUGGUGGGGAAAUGGCUCUGAUCUGUUUACUGUGUGAAAGGCAGCUCUGCUCGGGAAUUCUGUGAGCUGAAGGCAUAGCCUGGCAGUCAGAAGCCUGGAUUCUGAUCCCUCUCCCUGAACUCUUAAGCAAUUCCCAGGCUUCUCUAGGGCUUCAGUUCUCUCAACUGAAAAAUAAAAAUAGCUGACAUUAGUGACAGUCUUUUCAUAUCUGAAGGAAUUUCUGCAGAGAGCCAUGAGAUCUGUCUUUGAGGGCACCUAGGAGGUGCCCUGUAGUGUGUGCCUGUGUAGACAUGGGAGCACAUGUGAAUUUGUUCAGAAAAGUGUGUGUGUGUGUGUGUGUGUGUGUGUGAGAGAGAGAGAGAGAGAGAGAGAGAGAGAGAGAGAAGCUGUCCAGGGUGUCAUGCAUACUGUUGUUUCUGCUGCUCCUGCUGAUCUGGGGAAGGAAAGCUGAGGAUGGAACUCAGUGAAGAGGAGAUGGUGGCUCUCCGCUGGCUGGGCGGUUAGACUUAGACCUGCCCUGGUGUGGAGACAACUGGAAACACAGCCAGCCUCAGACUGCUAAGUCUAUGCCCUACCAGCCUCCUCUCACCUAGCCAAAGCAGCCAAAGUGUGGUCUCCAGGCCUCCUGCUGACACCCCAGACAGCUGGUGUUUCCGCUGUCAUGGCUACUACGCACACACCAGGCUCUGGGUGCCAGUCCUGGGAGGUGGGAGCUAGAGUGGACGUGGUGAGAGGGAGGAGUGGGGCUGUUGGCUUAGGAAGGAGAGCACCUCUCCUACGCCACGCAGGGGCUGCCACUCCAAAGUUUCAGAGUGUAGCUCUCCACUCCCCACACCUCCAGCCCAGCUUACCUCCCCUAGAGCAGAGAUCCUAACUAGAUAAUGAGAAAAUGCCAAAGGAGGCAAGUCGGAGAAAGUAUCUGCCGGGGCCAUGAGGCCCAUAGUGGCCCCCUCUCCCAACCUGGUUAGCAUCCCCACCACCCAUCGUCUGGGCCCCAGAACUAGAACUCCUACGGCCCCCACCCCACUGGGCUCUUUGGCUCACCUGCUAGAACAUGGGUACCUCCUCUUUUAGACUGCUGCCUCUGCUGCUGCCCAACUGUGGGAUUCUGUCCCAUCCGGGAAAGCGCCCUCCCCAGGGGACAGGCUAGUUCAUUAGCAAGCAAGGGCUUUAGACUGAGAUAGUACAUACACAGCGGGUAGGGAUAAGAAGCUGGCAGCCAGCAGCUUCUGUGUCCAAGGAGAGUCCAAGGUGCCCUCCCUCCCUGUCUGGAAGUUGAAGGGGAAGAGCCAGGGCCUUAGCUUGCCCCUGCUCCCCCCACCCCUUGUAGAUACUGCCUUAACACUCCCCCACCCUCGGCUGUGGCUGCCACCCAGCCAGGUUUCUCCGAGCUCACUAAUUUAUUUCCAAGAAGGUGUGUGGAAGACAUGAGCCGUGUAUAAUAUUUUUUUUAACAUUUCCAUCGCAGUAUUGACCAUCAUCCUUGGUUGUGUAUCGUGUAACACAAAUAAUGAUAUUAAAAGCAUCAAACAA